UCCACCAAUUUUCAUUCCAUCUCAUCUCACCAGUUGACCUUGACCUUCCUUUCAUCAAACCCUCAUCCAAUUUUCACAACCAUACCUUGUGAACUAUAUCAUUCCGUUCCCUCUGCCAGAUCUAUGUCUAACGUGAUGCGUUCCGGGACGCAUUUCGAGACGCGCUCCGAGAGGCAUUUCGGGAUGCAGUUCUAGAAGUACUACGACUUCCGCUCUCUCCAAGACCUUCUGAACUUACGGUCCGACGGCGCCAUGUAUCAGCAAUCGCACUGAUGAUACCCGUCGCCGUGAAACCUUUUCUUGGAGUCAAUGGCGGCGUCGAUAAACCCUCCCGCAUUGACCUGAUAGGGCUUGGCGUCCGCUCCGCCCACUCGUUCACUGGAUACGCUGGAAGGGGCUUGUAGUCGGUCUCCUCUAGUAUGCUCUCCUUGCUUGCCAUCGAUAUAAGCCUACGUCGGGGGGAUCUGUAUGUGCCAUCCCACUCGGUUGGGGCUAUGCUAGUUUGCCGACGAAAGCGCGGAGGAGUAGCUUCGUAGCUUAGUCUGUUGGGUGCCUGCCUGACCGGGCUUUCCGUUGUCUCAUAAGGAUACAGCUCGAGCAAAUCGCUGAAAGAAUCAGUACCGUAUACUGCUUGAGAUGGACGUGGAGUCUCCGCUUCGCCUGCAUCGCCAUGGUUGCCCAACUCAUUCUCCGUCGAAUCGGGCUCAAUAAUGGACAAUCCCGAUCCUUCAAACUCUGACUCUGCCUCCGUCUCCAACAUGCCGAGAUCGCGCAGUUGAUCCCAGGUUCGGUAAUAGUAUCGAAAAGUCGCAAAGGGUCGAUCGGUAGGGUCGAUCAAAGCGACUUUGUAGAAGCGUUUAGGAUGCUUCGGAAUCGUGGCCCCUUUGGGGUCCUUUAUAUCAGUUUGGCCAGCAUUCACUAAACUGACUAUGUGCCUCUCCACCCUCUUUUUCCCCAGUGCACGGAAUACUCGUAUCUCAAGGACAGCAGUCUCAUCAAACGCAUCUGUCACAUCUGUCCACUCUCGUCCAUACUCGUUGUCCGGUGGUGUAAAGCACAGAACCCGCUUCUCUACCCUCUUGUGUCCAUUUCCAUCGUCGCGCUCGUAUAGCGCAAACAUAGUCUUGCCUUUCCAAUCGUCUUCCUUUCCCGUCGUCCAACUCACAAUGUGCACGCCAUUGAUGAAGAGUUUGAACAAAAAUUGCUGGUCUGCAGGCACGGGCGGACGCACGCCGUACGCAAUCCAAAAUUGGCUGCCGGGAAGCACGGGAACGAAAACAUUGCACGUCGAUGUCGCAUCGUCGUAGAGCUCGGGAGCUUUUCCGGUGAAGCCGCGCUCGGUGUAGUAUUCUUGUGGACGCGCAGGGUACUCAGGGAAGAUGUCGAUGUUGAACUGCGAAUGCAGUGUAACCACGAUGCCGCGGUAUACAGGCAUGAUUGCUCGAUUGUUGUUUUUAUUUGCUGUUUGGGCGCAUCGUCGUGGUGGUGCGCGGUGUGACGGAGUGUGGACAAUUAAAUGUGGCGGCGCUUGUUGUCUGAUGCGCCUUCCUGAGCUGUGACUGCAAACGUUUUGAUACAUGUACAAACAUUUGUGUUUGAGUCAUUGGGACGGCAGGUACUAAAUAGCGACAGGGCCUUUCAUCUCAUCUCGUUCCAUCUCAUUUCAUUUUGCACAAAUCAUCCCCGCCCUGCUCAUGUCUUCAGUCGACGAAUGCUUGAGCUUCACAAUGUCAUUGUGCUCGAUCAAGUUUAACAGUUUGCCGAGAAGUUUGGCAUGUACUUUCGAU